AUUUUAGUCAGCAACACAGACACUACUAUAACAAAUACUACAACAAUACCAGUACAACUAAAAAGGGAAAUAUAUUUACAAACAGAUACAGAUACAUUUUUGAGCGGUCGUUAGGUGGUGAGAGCGAUGACGGACUUCAACGUGGUCAAGUACCACAAUUACGAGGAUUAUCUGAGGUCGUUUGCCAUCGUCCAGGACUAUCGCUAUCUGCCGUGUCAUAGAACAGUGCGAACCGUGACGAAACUCGGAUACCGCGACAAUGGUAAUGUCUAUAAUGAGGAACAGUUUCUAAUGGCCAGGAAACAAGUGGAAGCUCUGCUGCAUCCGUCAGUAGUCUUACAUGCUUAUUACAGCCCUUAUUUGAAGGGAGAUGAUGCUGCUCUCGUGGCGCUGGCCGAACGUGAGGCUCCCAACGUGCAGCAGGAGAUCUCGACCAUAAUUUUCCUGGAGGUACACCAGAAGAGCGGCUUCGCCAUAUCCGGCUAUAUAGACUUUGAAUCAAGUCUGCGGAACUUCAGACUCGACGGACCCAAUGCCGUCAACUGGCCGGCCAUCUUCCAGGCGAGGAAGCUACUGCGUCCCCAGCCCUCCGACGUGGUAUUCUAUGACUGGCGCAGCAGAAAGAUCUUCGCAAACGACAAUGACAACUACACAACUGUGGCCCAUGCAGAGCACGGCCUCCUCUUCAUUCACAAAGGCGAUCACAAGCUCAUUCCGGUAACAAACCGGAGAACCCCCUUUUAUAGCAAUGUCAAACGCACCAUGAUUAAGUCCGAACUGUACGGGUUCAUGAUAUUGUACGAUCACACUGUCCGAAAGAAAACAUAGGCAACCUGGGCCCACUUCAAAUAUUGCACAUUCAAACUACAUAUUCUAACAAAUUUAAUUUAAACGUUGCGAAGAGAAGGCAUUGGAGUCUUUUACUUAGACAGAACAUUAUAUGUAUAGUUCUUUAAAGGUGUUAAAGUAACAGUAAUAGCGCCAGAGGGGCUUUCCCCAAAGUGCAUGCAUCAUUAUGGAUUAAAACAGGAGCUCUUCCAGUAACUGUAUGGUUUAACGCCGGCAAUAAAUUUCGAUGUGGCUUUCAGUCCCUAGUUUGUUGCUCUGCUAUCAAAAACUUUAUCCAGAAACUAAUAACUGUCCUUCAUUCACGAUUAAUAUCAUCUGAUUGCACCGCUGGAGCAAACGAAAUUCCACUUAAGUUGUCGGCACACUCGCAGGGAUACUGUCAUGCGAGUAUUGACACUAGCCACCCAACCAUCGACCAUCGGGUUCGCAGGGGUACCCAGCCCUGGCCAGGACACGCACGGCCGCCUUUCACACAUCCAUCCACACCUUAAAUACCCAAAUCAAAAAAUAAAUGGUAAGCACCGGACU